AUUCAUAAACCCUUUUUAGUUUCAGAUAACAACGUUCUUACAAACACCCGUUUCCGCCGCCAUGAACUUCUUCAAGGCCGUCUUCUCCGAUGAACCCGACCCGCCAUCACCCGGAUCCGACCACCCCGAUCCGUCUCAAACCGCCGCCACCAACGCCGCUUGGAACUUCGGAGGCCUCAUCCAAACCCUCGCGUCUAAAUCGGAGUCCGUCCUCGACACCUACCGUCGCGAUCUUGAGGAAUUCGGCUCCAGCUUGAAGAAAGAGACGGCGGUGAUCCGCGAAGCUGCCUCUCGCGCCGUUAAGGACCUUCCGUCCUCGCUCGAUGCCGGCGCGUCGGUGGCUCAGGAGUCGCUCGAGUCCGUUGGCCAAGCCAUCGACGACAUCGGCAGCACCGUUUGGAAAUCGACGGCGCAGAUUAUCUCUCACGGUAGGGACUCUCUCGUAGCCUCUGAUUUCGAUUCGGAUUAUUUUGAUUCAAGCAAUAAUGAUAACAACAUUGUUGGUAAGAAACAAUUGAUGAGUAGUAAUAGUCAGGGUUUGGAUUUGAAACCGUACAGUAGGUUUGAUGCGCUUGUGCGUGCUCUACAGAGUGAUGUCAAUACAUAUUUAGAGGAACCUGAGGAUUUGGGGAAUUUCAAUGAGUGGAAGUUAGGGUUUGAGUUGGAUAAGAAAGAGGAGGAGAUUCGGAAUUUGAUUGAAGAGAAUGGGAUUGUUUCGGAGAUUUAUGAAAAGGUUGUCCCCAGUAGGACUGAAAAUGAGAGCUUCUGGAGCAGGUAUUUUUAUAGGCUGCAUAAGCUGAAACAAGUUGAGGAUACAAGGGCUAAGCUUGUGAAGCACGCAACUUUGGGGGAUGAAGCAGAGGAUUUGAGUUGGGAUUUUGAUGAUGAGGAUGAUGGAUAUGAGCCUAAAGGUAGUACCAGUGGGGUUUCGGAGCUGAAGAAAGAAAGUUCUGCUGUGGUUGCCACUGAUGGUGCUAGUGUCGUGAAUGUGAAUGAUUUGGUGAUAGAAAAUGAUGGGAAGGAUGUUCCUCCUGAAUCUAAAACCGAUGGUGAUGAUCAAUCCGGGGAGGUGAAUUAUAAUGAGAAUGUGGCAUCUAAUGUUUCUGCAACUGGAAGUGACAGUGGGGAUAAGUUAGAUGACAAAUACGAAGAAAAAGAGGCAUCAGAAGUGAAGCCAGAUAAUGAUAACGGUGGAUCGUGCAAAGAUAGUGAUAUUUCCGUUGUUUCAAGCCAGCCUUCAAUGCCUGGGGAAGAAGAUAUUGGCUGGGAUGAAAUUGAAGAUAUUGAAAGCAAUGAUGAAAAUAGAGGGGAUGUUGUUGGGUCCACAAUUAGGAUUGAUUUGCGGAAGAGGUUGAGUGCGGCAGACCAAGAUGAGGAUCUUAGUUGGGAUAUUGAAGAUGAUGAUGAGGCUGUCAAGUCAUGAGCAAAUUGUUCAGCAUCACUCUUACUUUAAUUUAUAAACAAAAAUUGCUUAUUAAGUGCAUAAUUCUUUCCUUGUAAGUUAACAAUGUAAAUAAACUCUGUUUUUUUUUUAUGUCUUGUACAAGCUUAAGUGAUAAGGUGGACAUCAGUUGAAAUGAAGUUUAAUUUGUAUGUUCAUGUAGACUCUUCAUUUUGUUUGAGGAGGUUGCACCAUAUUCAGUUGUAUCUGUUUACAGGAUGGCAUACUCAGUUAGUCAGUUAUUUGCAAUUACAUUAGUCUGGGGAUUACAUAAUCAUGUCAUAUGGAGUUACCUUAUUCCUGAUAUACUAGUGGUGAUAAACUAGCAGCAUCUUGUAAUUGUUUGCACUGACUAUCAAACAUGGCAUUAUAUCAUGGGAAAUAUUA